AAUNUUCAAUAUGUUUGUGAUGCUCCGGUCAAUCGUGAACCACUUCGAUAUGACGACCCUUACCUUAUUUGGUUUAGACGCAUUACUCGUCUUGUUAUUGGUAAUCCUACUCAGCGUCCUCAACAACAAGAAGGUUAUGUGCCCAAUUCAACGGCAUAUGAAACAAUGGUGCGUCAUAUUCAUUCCACGAUUGAUAGAGCAAAAGCCCUUGGUGAUCAGCCAUCAAUGGAGGAUUUAUACAUAUUUCGUGCAAUGGUCCGAAAUGAAGGAGAAAAGUGCUUGACAUAUGUCCACGAGGCUGCUAGGAUUAAUGUACAAGCCGAUUAUAGAAGAGAUGAGGUAUAUGAUGAUCAUUUACAUCAUCCGGUUCGUAGGCGAGGAAAAGGUGGUGUUGCCGGUAGGAGGGCUCGUGCUGUUGAGAAAGGACGAGCGCCUAUUGAAAUGGAUAUAUUAGUCUCCGAAGAUGAUCACACAACUUGUGAUUUUGGUUCCAUUUCAAGGGGCCAAACUCAAGAAUUCACUCCCGGGGCAUCAGGUAUGACAUAUCAACCAACAAAUACUGAUAUUGUUCCAUACACGGCAUCACAAAUAUUAAGGAAUUCUAGUCUUUCAUCACUUGAGAAUGUAUUUGGUGGUUCUCGACCUCAACAUUUUGAGAAUGCCCCCAACUUUAAUUCAUCACCUGGGCUGCCAAUGUCCACUGAGACCCCUGGUGUUGUUAAUCAUUUAGAGGACUCCAACGAUGAAGUGGAGAAUGCAAACGAAUGUGGUGAACCAUCAGUGAAGGAGAAGCGUAGGAUUUUUCCUAAGCGUUGUGGGACUGGGAGUCACUAUCUUUACCAGCAUGGCAAAAAAAAAAUAAGCAACGAGAAACAAAGAACUGUAAUUGAGAGGUUUCAGGUUGAUGCAGCUUGUUGAUAUUCUGGAUAACCCUUGGUGAAUAGUAGAGAUUUUUUGUGAAGAAUGAAGCUACUAGUCAUUAUUUUGUAAAGCAACAUGUUCUAUGAAUACAUGAAUGUUUAUAUUAUUUUCUAUUUAGUAGUAGAGAUUUUUUGUGAAGAAUGAAGCUACUAGUCAUUAUUUUGUAAAGCAACAUGUUCUAUGAAUACAUGAAUGUUUAUAUUAUUUUCUAUUUAGUAGUAGAGAUUUUUUGUGAAGAAUGAAGCUACUAGUCAUUAUUUUGUAAAGCAACAUGUUCUAUGAAUACAUGAAUGUUUAUAUUAUUUUCUAUUUAGUAGUAGAGAUUUUUUGUGAAGAAUGAAGCUACUAGUCAUUAUUUUGUAAAGCAACAUGUUCUAUGAAUACAUGAAUGUUUAUAUUAUUUUCUAUUUAGUAGUAGAGAUUUUUUGUGAAGAAUGAAGCUACUAGUCAUUAUUUUGUAAAGCAACAUGUUCUAUGAAUACAUGAAUGUUUAUAUUAUUUUCUAUUUAGUAGUAGAGAUUUUUUGUGAAGAAUGAAGCUACUAGUCAUUAUUUUGUAAAGCAACAUGUUCUAUGAAUACAUGAAUGUUUAUAUUAUUUUCUAUUUAGUAGUAGAGAUUUUUUGUGAAGAAUGAAGCUACUAGUCAUUAUUUUGUAAAGCAACAUGUUCUAUGAAUACAUGAAUGUUUAUAUUAUUUUCUAUUUAGUAGUAGAGAUUUUUUGUGAAGAAUGAAGCUACUAGUCAUUAUUUUGUAAAGCAACA